UCGUGAUCUUUGCGGCAAUGGCGGCGUUGAAUCCCUUUAUUGUUACUGAGUGGGAAUACAAAAAUCCACUUGCCAUUUCCAUUAAAAUCCCACUUCACCAAAACCUAGAUUUCCCAGGAAGAAAGCUCAUCACUUUUAUGGAUUUUCACCAAACCCAUAUUUCAGACAGGUAAUUAGGGUAAUGGAGAAAUCUGCAUUUCCUUUUCAAGUUAUGGCAAAGUUAAAGCUAUGGAUGAUUUGGUUAUUAGGGUUUAUCUUAAUCACCUUAUCUUUCUACACAACUCAAAGACUAUCUUCAUCUGUAUCAAUAUCCGCCAAUCAUCUCCCCGCUGCCGCCAAUCCAACAAUAUCAAUAUUCGCCGCUCCUUCACCUUUCAUCGGCGUUGUCGGAGACAGACAAACCCUAGCUAUUCGAUCAUGGUUAAGCUUAUCUCCAAAUAUCACUGUUUUCCUUUUCAGUCAGGACCCUUUUCUUUCUUCUUUCGCUGCCUCCACUUUCGGUUCUCGCGUCUCCGUUGAAUCCAAUCUUGAUUUCACAUUCCUAGGAACUCCAUUUUUUCAUUCAAUGGUUGCAAGAUCUCAAUCAUCGAAAUCAGAUGUUUCUGUCUUAAUUGAUCCAAACACAAUCCUCUUGCCCAAUUUCAUCUCUGCCCUGAAUCACGCGCAUUCAAAACUCGACCAUGAUUGGCUCAUGUUUUCCUCUUCCCGGGCUGUUUCAAACUACCCAUUUCGACUUGAUCAAGACUGGAAACAUUGGAUUGGAGAGAAUGGAAAAAAGAUUAGAAUUCAAGAGUUCUAUUUACAGUUGCAGGGGUUUCUUGAUCUUAAUUGGAAAUGUAGUAAUUGUGAAGACAGGAUGGUUUUGGCUUGGAAUAACUGCGAUCUUCCUUUACAUAACGGAGUUCUUCCUCCAUUCUUGUAUGGGAAAGGCUUGCAUAACCGUUGGAUCAUCAACGAGGCUCGAUUAUCUGAAUACAGAUUUGUUUUCGACGCCACAAUGGCAAUAUCAAAUUUUUAUUUGGAUCACGAACCAGAAGAGACAACUUGGGAAAACAGGGUGAAUACCCAUCUUUCAGGGCUUUACGGGUCUUUAUACUUUCGUGAAGCUAAUCAUUCAAAUAUGGUUAAGCUUCUAAACUAUAAUAGCCGUUAUGUGUUCGUUGAUCCAACUAAAGAAACAGAUUACACAUCGAUGAGAUUGUUUGAAAGAACAAGAUAUAGCCAAGAGAGAUUAUCGAUUCCUUUCACAGUUGAAACGCUCCUUCCAAUCCUCGCUGACGAGAACAAGACUAUUGUGUUGGCAAUCGCGGGUUACAGUUACAAAGACUUGUUAAUGAGCUGGACUUGUAGAUUACGUCGUCUUAUGAUCACGAACUUUCUAGUGUACGCUCUUGACGAUGAAAUCUAUGAGUUUUCUGUAUUACAGGGAUUACCCGUUUUCAGAGAUUCUCUAGCCCCAACUAAUAUCAGCUUCAAUGGCUGCCAUUUUGGAACAGAGUGUUUUCAGAAGGUUACUAAAGUGAAAUCGAGAAUCGUUUUAGGAAUACUGAAAUUAGGUUAUAACGUUCUCUUAAGCGACGUCGAUGUCUAUUGGUUUAAAAAUCCUCUCCCGUACUUAUCUUCAUUUCCUCCCGCGUUUCUUGUUGCACAAUCCGACGAAUACAAGAAAACCGGCGCGAUAAACUUGCCUCGACGAUUGAAUUCAGGGUUUUACUUUGCCCAUUGUGAUAUUUCAACUGUUGGUGCGUUAGAGAAGGUGGUUAAGCAUGCAGCUUCGUCUAAUUUAUCGGAGCAGCCGAGUUUUUACGAUACAUUGUGUGGGGAAGAAGGGUGUAACCGGAUAGGUGGAGAUAGAUGUUUGGAGCCGGAUUCUAACUUGACUGUCCAUUUCUUGGAUAGGGAUUUGUUUCCAAACGGGGCGUAUGAAGGUUUAUGGGAGGAAGAAGAUGUGAGACAUGUUUGUGUUGAGAAGAAAGGUUGUUAUGUUCUUCAUAACAAUUGGAUUAAUGGGAGGAGGAAGAAGUUGGAGAGGCAAUUGAGGUCGGGGUUGUGGGAUUACGAUAUGAGCUCGAGAAUGUGCUUGCGAAGUUGGCAAACUGCUAAAGUAGCGAGUUAUUUCUAGUGAAUGUUGGUUUACGGUUUAUAAUUCGGAAAAUGAACUAGGGUUAGGACGAUAAUUAAAGUGGAGUUAUGACCGUGAGAUGAUAUAAUGGUGAAAAAAACCUAGUCUUAGAAAAAGAAAAGUAGAAGAAAAUGUUAUCUUUUUCUCGACUAGGGUUUAUUAUCCUUGAGGAGUUUAACACGACACUGAUUGUUUCGGUUCUUUGGUUGUCGAUUUCUGUUGCGACAAUGUCCCGAGCGGGUCCUUCUGGUCACAUCCUGGUUUUGGUUUCAUAAAAUCAACUCAGAUUUCUACAAAGGAAAAUGAAGAAGUUAAUGAUAAUGGUUCUAAUGUAUGUUUAUGAACUUGUUUGAGUUUUUUUUUUUAUGGAAUAUUGUCUAAUAUGUACAUUAAAUUGUAGGGGGAAAUACAAUUAUAGAUAGUUUGAUAUUGUAUACAAUACUAUAAAUAGAUUUAAGAA